GACGCUGCAAUCAUCCAAUCGGCUUCGUAGACGUCACGGGAAGCGGAAAUGUUUGGAUCGCCCUCUUUUCCCCGGUGUUGUGUUGACUUUUUGGGAGCAGACUGAAGCAGGUCGUUCGCACACAACGCAGUUAACACGUCAAAGGAAUUAGUGUCACUUCAGCAACAGUCAAUGGGAAAGAGGUGAAGAUGUUUAGUUUUGAGGGUGAGUUCAAGACAAGACCCAAGGUGUCACUCGGAGGAGCAAGUAAAAAGGAAGCCAAAGCAUCUCUGCUGCACCGGACUCAAGAAGAAAGAAGGAAAAGAGAGGAUGAUAGAAAACGACUGAAAAAUGCCAUCAUCAUCCAGUCAUACGUACGCGGCUACCAAGACUUGAAACGACAGUACGCCAUCCAGAGGGCCACCUUUGACGAGCGCGCCACCCAGACGCAGCAAACUUUGGAAGCGCCCGCUCUCAGCCUCUUGUCGAGGCAGCUCAUCUUUUUCUACAGACAGAGUGUGGAUUCGCAUAGAUUGAUAUGGCUGUGCCAGAACCUGGUGAAGCACAACUGUCAGUUUGUCAAGCUGCUGGUGGGCCCGCACAGGCAGACGUGUAUGUUUCAGAUCAAGAGGAUACUGGGAUUCUGCUGCAGACUCCUGCAUAACUGCAGCGACGACAGCUUAAACGUGGCCGUUCCCAUGCGGAUGUUAGAAAUCUUCUCCUCAGAGAGAGUUUACCUGCCCGUCUUGGGCGACGCCAGCCAAGUGGCGUCAACAGUCGAGCAGAUUUUGCACUAUAUGGUCCAGAAAGGAUACUACAGGUCGCUGUACAUUCUUGUGAAUCACCGCCUCCCUCCCAGUCUUGAGUACACCGACUCUCCUUCCAUUCCCUUGGCAAGCACACUAUUGGAGCACAUCCUCAAGCCUCUGCACUUUAGCUACUCCUCCUGCACAGAGGGCGCCAGGCAUUUUGUCUUUGCUGCCUUCACCGAGGAGUUCAUUUCAGUGCCCUUCACCGAGCAGAUCUUUCACUUCUUCAUCCCGGCCCUGUCAGACCCGCGGCUGGCUUUCCCCGUCGAGGCCUUCCUCAACUCCCUCCAGGGCACCGUCCCGUCCUCCCCUGUUGUGCAGAGCUGCGCUCCCUGGAUAUUUUACUUUGUCCUCUCCGCAGGAGAGAAUUGCUUAGGUUCACUUUCGGAGGAAGGCCUGCUGCUGUAUUUAAGCGCCCUGCAGACGCUGCUGCCUCUGCUGCCGGUGACUGAGAGCUGCAGCCGGCCCGAGGUGGGGAGCGACUCCGAGGACGAAGACGACGCCGACGUCCACCCACCACCCAUGGAGGAUGACAGCCACAUCUCCGUGCAGCUGAUCACUGACGAAUGUGUGCGCAAGCUGGACACCAAACAGCAGACCAACACGCUGCUCAACCUGGUGUGGAGGGACUCGGCCAGCGAGGAGGUGUUCACCAAGAUGGCCUCCAUCUGUCACACGCUAAUGGUGCAGCAUCGUCUCCUGGUUCCCAAAGUCAGACUUCUGUAUAGUUUAGCCUUCAACGCACGUUUCCUGCAGCAUCUCUGGCACCUGAUCACCUCCAUGACGACCAAAAUGAUUACCGGCUCCAUGGUUCCGCUGCUGCAGCUUAUCUCCAGAGGCUCGCCCAUGUCCUACGAGGACUCCAACCGCAUCAUUCCGCUCUUCUACCUCUUCAGCUCCCUCUUCAGCCACUCGCUCAUCUCCGUGCACGACAGCGAGUUCUUUGGGCACGAAAUGGAAGGUCAGACGCAGUCGUCAAUGAUGCCUUUCACCCUGUUGGAGCUGGUGACUCUCUCCCGCUGCCUGAGGGAUGCGUGCCUUGGCAUCAUCAAGCUGGCCUACCCGGAGACGAAGACGGAGCACCGCGAGGAGUACAUGGCGGCCUUCCGCAGCGUUGGCGUCAAGACCAACUUGGAGGUGCAGCAGCGCAUCCAGGCCGAGCAGAAACGCUGGGUGCAGCUCUUUAAGGUCAUCACGAACUUGGUGAAGAUGUUGAAAGCUCGCGACAUCCGACGACCCUUCUGCCCAUCGGGUCACUGGCUCUCUCAGGAAGUCAACAUCCGAGCCGAUAAGGUUACUCAGCUCUACGUGCCGUCUGCCCGGCAUAUGUGGCGAACGCGGAGGAUGGGCCGCAUCGGGCCCCUUCAGUCAACACUGGAUGUGGGCUCGGAGCCUCCACCGCUGUCCGUGUCGGAAGAGAGGCAUUUGGCCAUCCUUACCGAGCUCCCGUUUGUUGUUCCCUUCGAAGAGCGAGUCAAGAUAUUCCAGAGGUUAAUCUAUGCCGACAAGCGCGACGUGCAGGGGGACGGGCCCUUCUCCAACGGCAUCGUCGUCACCAUCCGGCGUAACUACAUCUACGAAGACGCCUACGACAAACUCUCACCAGAAAAUGAACCAGACUUGAAGAAAAGGAUUCGGGUGCACCUGCUGAACGCUCACGGUCUGGAUGAAGCGGGCAUCGACGGCGGCGGCAUCUUCCGUGAGUUCCUCAACGAGCUCCUCAAGUCGGGCUUCAACCCGAACCAGGGUGUCUUCAAGACUACCAACGAGGGUCUGCUGUACCCCAACCCCGCCGCCGAGACGCUGGUGGGGGAGUCCUUUGCGCGACACUACUACUUCCUUGGCAGAAUCCUGGGAAAAGCUUUGUACGAAAACAUGCUGGUAGAGUUGCCCUUUGCCAGUUUUUUCCUGUCAAAGCUGCUGGGCACCAGCGCAGAUGUGGACAUCCACCACUUGGCCUCUCUGGACCCAGAGAUGUACCGGAACCUUCUCUUUCUCAAGAGCUACGAGGGUGAUGUGGAGGAGCUAGGCCUUAACUUCACGGUGGUCAACAAUGACCUGGGAGAAGCUCAGGUGGUGGAGCUGAAGCCCGGCGGGAAGGACAUUCCCGUCACCACGGCCAACCGCAUCGCGUACAUCCACCUGGUGGCCGACUACCGGCUCAACAAGCAGAUCCGGCCGCACUGCCUGGCCUUCAGGCAGGGGCUGGCCAACGUGGUCAACCUGGAGUGGCUGCGCAUGUUCGACCAGCAGGAGAUCCAGGUGCUGAUAUCCGGUGCUCACGUGCCAAUUUGUCUUGAUGACUUGAAAAAGUUCACAAACUACUCAGGUGGUUACACGGCCACGCACCCCGUCAUCCAGAUCUUCUGGGAGGUUGUGGAGGGCUUCACAGACGAGGAGAAGCGCAAGCUGCUCAAAUUUGUCACCAGCUGCUCCAGGCCUCCUCUGCUCGGCUUCAAGGAGCUGUACCCGGCUUUCUGCGUCCACAACGGCGGCACCGACCUGGACCGGCUGCCCACGGCCAGCACCUGCAUGAACCUGCUCAAGCUGCCCGAGUUCUACAGCCAGCACCAGAUGAGGAACAAGCUGCUCUACGCCAUCGAGUCGUCGUCCGGCUUCGAGUUGAGCUGAGCCUUAAAGCGGCAGAAUCCCGGAAACGACGCGCACUGAAUUUCUUUUGUGUGUGUGUUUUGAAUGCAUGUUGAGCACCAUGGGACGACCGACCUCGCAUCAAGAGGGCGUAGUUACCACUUUUCACCAAGUUUCUUGUUGCUUUUAGUUAAUUUAAAAUUAGCUCAUCGGGAAACAAAAAUGAAAAAACAUUUUCCACUCAAUGAGACCCACUCGGAAUCGACGCUUUUCCGGUGGUAUUACGAGGUACAGGGUGUCCUCAGUUGACGACGGAAACACGAAUUUGCAAGUCGGAGUGCCCCGUAGUCUUUCCACUCACAUUUGGAGUAAAGUCAUAAUUACAGUCAAUAUUUGCAUGAAAAACACUCCCAGGCCAUAAAUAUAAACAAUCAAAGGUCACGCAGGGUCAACCCAGGACUCUGUAUUAGGGUUAGAAUCUAAUGGGUGUCAAACUCAAAGCCCAGGGGCCCGAUCUGGCCCGCAGCGUCAUUUUAUGUGGCCUGCGAAGGCAAAUCAACUUCCUUGAUUUUUGUCAAAAUCUGUACAAAAAUUUCUAAUUGUGAGAUCAUAAAUAAUGGUGAGACAUUGCAAGAGUUUUUUUGUGUUACCAAACAACAGUUUAAAAACCCAUUACCCUAAAUUUAUGAUUCCAAAACUAGUGCAUAAAUUUCACGUGGGAAUUUGAUGAGGCAGUUAAAGGUUUUUAUGGUUUGACAGUCAUAAGCACUCUGAGGGAAACCAUAACUACAACGUGGCCUGCGAAAAAAAAAAAAAAUGAAUUUGACACCCCUGGGUUUGAUUUGUUAUAUUUCUCCACCAGAUGGCAGCACUUCUCCCACAUUCAAAGCAUGCAGAAAAAAUUGACGGUCGCAAGUCAAAGCAAAAAAAUAAAUAAAAAUCCUCCGAAUGUCAGCUCGUAUCUUGUCCGGUGACUCAGAUCGGAAGGCGCUGCUGGACAUUUUUGGGCAAUUUUAUUUGACGACGUGACGGGUUUACAACGUGGAGUGUGGAAGACCUGGAAAUAUGGAUAUCAAAGUCACAUGCAUACGCUAAAACAAUUUAAAAAGAAAAAAGUUUGAAAGGGACAUAAAGUAUAGACAAUGUAGUUUUUAAUGACUUAAAUGAAAAAAUUGCACAUUACCCAGUCACCUGUUUUAUAUCGUGCCUGGGAGCGAGCCUGAGUGGAUUUAGCCAAAUUGUGACGUAGCAGUGCGGCUAAUUUGUGUUUUUUUUGCAGUUUCUCAUGAUGGAAAAUUGGCGGAUGAAUCUAAAUGGGCGAGUAGUGCCCUGCAGUGGAAAAGCAGCAGUAGUGCUUUGUUGUGUAUAUAUAUAUUUUUUUUCCACCAAAGAUGAUGUGGCGUCAUGUAUAUUAUAAAUAAAAAAAGGCAAUACAAGAAUAAGUCAAGUGAAACAAGCGCCAUGACAUUGAUUUUAUGAUUUUUUUUUUUUCAAAUAUUCCGAUCGUGUCACACUCGUGGCAACUGACGUGCGAGGUUUUGGUUUUUUUUUUUUCUUUUUUUUGUUUUGUUAAGACGGAUUUGCGGAUUUAUUCUAUAGGACGUUGGCUUUGUGAAUAUGUACAUGUUCUCUUGUAUGAUUCAUUAUUUCCUCAGUAUUUGUACAGGUUUCCUGUGUGUGUGUGUGAGCGAGAUUGUUCCAUGUGGUUACAAAAGUUCCGUGUAACAGCAGAGCGUAUGGAAAUGAAUAAAUCCACUUUUUUU